CAAAGUUGCCGAGUGCUCCUGGUUUCGACGGGAACCACGUGCGCUUUUACGCGUCGCGUUCGGUCUUCGCGCUUUUUACGCGCGCUGGAUAUUUGACUCCGCGGUCCUCGGCACGAUGUCAAACGUCAGAAACGAGCAUUAUUCUAUAGGAAGAGGCUGCGUGUCAUUCAUCCCGGGCUGUUGAGGGGCAGUGUGUUUCCCGUCGCGAAGUCGAGAUGAUCAACUUCCAACGGUCUUUUCUCCCCUUUGCGUUGCACUUAUUGUAGAGCUGUCAAAGAGGCGUUAUUAACUCGGAGAAUUACUUGAAGCUCGCCGGUUCAUCUGUCAGGGACACAAAGGAAGGCGAUGGCUUUGUCUCCUCUUUGCGCGCUGUGCGUGUGCCUCGGCUUAGUUUGCUCCUCCGUGGGAACGGGCUUCGUGUAUCAUUUUCCCGGCAUCACUGUGCAGCGGCAGCGCCCCGGGUCGGAACAAAGCGGCGGCUCCGGGGCGCCCGGCAGCGCGUCCCGCACCCAUCUCAGGAACUGGUGCCAGUACACUGUUUCUAAAACGGUGUCCUGCCAGGUGCACAACGGAACCGAAGCGACGGUGCAGAGGGUUUUUCAGGGCUGCAGAUGGCCCGGACCCUGUCCCAAAGUCAUCAGCUACAGGACGGUCCUCAGGCCGUCCUUCAAGGUCGCCUACAAGCAAGUCACUGCGCUGGAGUGGAGGUGCUGCCCAGGGUUUGUGGGAGGAGAGUGCCGUGAGGAGUGUUUGAACUGCACCAGCUUCACCGACAUGAACAACAGAAUAAAUGUCAUUGAAUCAAAGGUUCAGCUGUUAGAAGAGGGACGGUCCUCGCUGCUGUCAGCCAGCCCUUUCCCAGAGGGCUCCACACACAACGAGGUGGACGCCCCCCAGCCCACUCCCAUCGGCCCGCCACCAUAUCUACCAGCAGGAGGCAGAGGGCCUCCGGGACCAAUGGGACCUCCAGGGCCUCCUGGUCCUGCUGGACCUCCAGGCCUGACUGGAAAAGCGGGCCUUUCCGGACCUAUCGGACCAAAGGGGGAAAGAGGUUCACCAGGUGAUAAAGGCCUACCCGGCCCUCCAGGUCCUCCAGGUCCCCCGGGGCUCAGCUCUUUCCCUGUCCAAGCGAGAGGUGACGUUUUCCAAGCAGAAAACCAAGGGCCUGCAGGACCGAGGGGACCUCCGGGGAUACCAGGCCUUCCAGGACAAGACGGCAAAGCAGGCCUCCAAGGCAAGCCUGGGGAACCUGGACCUAAAGGAGAUCUGGGGGAAAGGGGGCCUCCAGGCGUCACAGGCAACCAGGGCCUACCAGGAGCACCAGGACCAAAAGGAGAGCCAGGAGAAGGUUUAAAUGAGGGCGAGGCUGUGCAGCAACUUAGGGAGGCCCUGAAGAUCCUGGCUGAGAGGGUCUUGAUCCUGGAGCACAUGAUCGGUGUUCAUGAGAGCUCUGAAGGAUCGGGGCUUCCCAGUGUUUCAGAUUGGCUAUCGUUCUCACCCUCCAAGAUCAAGCGCCUUCAGCCUGUUCAAAGUCCAGUACUGGUGGAGAGACAAAGACGUGCUCCACUUUAAGAGUACUGUAACAUCCAUCUUGGUGUUUUUGUUUAUAAUUUUUUUUUUGUUUAUUUUAUUAUUUGACUGAAUCCAUGUCUGUCUUGUCAUUUACUGUCCUGUUGUAAAGUGAUGAGAUGUUGACCAUUUCAUACACACAAAAGGUCUUUUUGAAUAUAGCUCACCCUGUUGCCACAUGACCUGAGUCUAUGUAUCCCUAGUAACAGAAUUUAUUGGUAUCGCAAAAUAAAAUAUAGUGUCAUAAAGUGUUAUAAGGAAGUUGGCAGCUGUUUUUCCUUCAGAUCAAAUACUGCACUGUAAACAUCUCUGUUUGCUUGACUCAGGGUUCCGGCGAUCCUACAGCAGAUGCAACGUCACCUCGUUAAGUGUCUGUUACAUUCUUGGAACAAUGAGGUUCAUCUUUCAUAUAAGCUGGUCAGGCACAGUUCUGCCUCCUUUGUGCGCUGCCUUGUUUAGAAUGAGGUAAGGUGUGACAAGCUGCCAAGAGUAUUUUUUUCUUGGUCGCUUUGACGCAGUUGCCAACUGAAAUGCCACAAGUUCACACACAGGCCUGAAACGCGGCUCCAUGGUCAAAAUUAUGCGUUUUGUUCUGCAAAAGGCUCUAUCCUAAUAUGCAACAAAGGUCAAUUUUGCCUUAGUGUUAUCAAGUAAAUGAGCACUUUAUUACAUUACAUUACAUAAUGGAGUACAAAAUACAAAACAAUAAACUCUGUGAACCAUUGUA